AUCGCGAGCGUGCGUAGCUUGGGUCGUGCGUGUUUUUAUCAGCAGUAUAUUGUUUGCAUCCAUUGUAUUAAGAAAUAUGACACGAAAAAUUGCUCGGUGUAGUCAUAAUUCAUACUUAUCUUUGGUGUUGUAACGGAAAAAGUUUAUUUAUAAUAAAUCGUGUGUUGCCGUAUUUUAUUGGGCCGCUACUAUAGUAAAAUAAUGAAUUUAACACGCCGCCGCAGUCUUCUAUUUGAAUUGUCGUGAGCCUUGUUGUGGGAUCGAUUUUUAGGUGUUAUUAAUGAAAUUACGGAGGUGCUCGCGAGUGAUAUUGUUACAUAAAGAACCCGUUUUGAAACACUCCCGUUACACUGGUGUUCCGUCUUGUUGGAGCUGUGGAGCGCUUAUAAUCGAUAUAAGUUAAUAAAAAAUGCAUAUUUUCCCCAUGGUUUCAUAAAGGAUCGGGUCAAUACAGUGCCGGCUCGAACGGCGUUACGAAUGUUUUUGAUUCGCGUACAAAAUGUGCUAUUGUUGUUAACUGCAGUGCAACCGAUUUAUUUAGUCCUAAAGUGAUGGUGAUUAUGAAAACAUACUUACAGUUUUGUUGUGCCCCCAGGUUUUCUACUUUCAAAGAUCGCGUAUCGACCCGCGAAUGAUUUCAAAAUCAAGAAAGUUCAAAUCUACAUCAAAAACUCGACCUACGAAUAGAAUAUUAAAUUUAAUAUCAGUAUUAUGUAAUAUCGAGUGUUAAGUUUAGAUAGUCGGCCAUCUUGUGUUGCUAUGGGCGCCAUUUUGAAUAUGUUUCGUGUGAAAAUGGGCGUGGUGAUCGCCAGAAUCUGCUUGCUGCUAAUGUUGGCUGUUUAUUCUUCUUAUGGCGGCGGCUGCAACUUCCCGGAAGGCUGGACGGGCGGCUGGUUCCAGUCCGGGAUCCCGGGACUGAUCUACAUCAACUCCACCACCAUGCAGGGCAAGGGGGAGUGCGCAGAGACUGAUGCUAAUGACAAGUUCCUCGUUUAUGAUAGAAACGAGGACUGCUACAGAUGCCUGGUCAUACAUGAAAAGCACAAAUAUGUGUUACAAUAUAAAGAAACAUACUGCGGGCAGAGAGACUCGUUGUCCACAAUGUGCGAGUCGAUCACGGGCGACGCAGCGCUAUACUCCAUGUUCAGGAAGGAGCCCCGGCCUCUGCCGGAGCCCUGCCCCUUCCACCCGGCGCCUUUCACCUUUACAUACAGUCGUGGUUCAGGCGACUGCGCGAACCCGCCGUCUCGCGCGGAGUCGUGCACGGACGACUCGCGACUGCUGCUGCGAUACAUGGCCUGUCCCGACGUGCCCGGCACUGAGAGCAAUGUCGAGGAGCUGAUCUGCCUAGCCACGUGGAAAGAGGGCUCGACCAGAUACCUCGUGGGACUCAUCUCGCAGGUCCAGAGACGGAACUCCAUCUCCACUGACGAAGAUAUGUACAGAUGUUUCGUGUACAAGGGCACGCACGCGGACAAGAGCGUGUCGUACAGCAUCGCGCAGUCGGGCGACGCUACCUGCAACGGGUUGACGUCGCCUACCGAGGGGUCUCGCACCAUGAAGCUUACUAACAUCGACGACGAGCACAACCGCUGUCACUUCCCGAGCUGGGUCGUGGAACAUCACAAAUGGUUCAGCCUGGAUCACACGCAUCAGUACCAUUUUACUACUAAAAACGCCACGCUCAAGAUAAUGAACGUGGACGGUUCAUUCGAAGAGAAGAGACUGGUCUGCCACUCUAUACUAGAACAUAAGGAUAAGAAACUAGUCAAAUUAGUCGCGCAUCUCACACGGGGGUGCGAGUCCGGCCACGUGUGCGCAGUAGUGUGGCGCCGGGCGGGCGGCGUGCUGGAGCUGCAGCUGGGCGGCGGCCUGCACGACGCGCCGCACCACGCCUGCGCCGACCAGAUCUAUGCGCCGCAUGUUACGCUUAUUUCGACGUCGCAGUUCCCGUCUCGCUGCCCGAUGCCGGGGCGCUACACGGUGGUGGACUCGCUCGCCGACCGGCGCCGGCGCAGGCAGCAGAUUACUAUCGACGAGAUGACCGGCGAGGAGGUAGCAGAACGGCCGGUGGAGUGUGUGAUGGGGCACUACGACAGCGCCAGCAUCGGCUGCGGUGCUGCCCAGGACACUAUAGAGUUCCAGUCUGCUUGCACUAGCACUGCAUACACAUGCUACGGCAGCUGGCGCGAGGGCUCCCGCGGCAUGGUGGUGGCGGGCCCCGCCGGGGUGCAGGGCCCCGCCGGGGUGCAGGGGCCCGCCGGGUCCCAGGCCAGGCCCCACGCGCUCUGCUUCAUAUACACUACUUAUGUGCGGAAUGAUUCGUACGGCAUGCCGGUGCAGUACCUGUCGGUGUCGGCAGUGUCCCGCUCCUGUGACCGCGCCGUGCUGCCGGGGCUCGCAGGGGAUAAGGCCUAUAACCUCACUAUUAAUGGUACAUGCGAGCAGAGCAGCAAGUACAACAGCGUCGGCAGCCGCGCGUGUCCGGCGCUGGCCCUGCUCGCGCUCGCGACACUCGCCGCCGCCCGCGUCAGGUGAUACGCGGGACGUUGAUGCAAGGUGGGGCGUAGUCUGAUCGGGGUGUAGUUAUAUUACUGGGGUGGGGUUGAAGUAAGCUGUCUCAUCUUAACUUUUAGUCAUUUCUCUUAUUAAGUUUGUUUUUUUUUUGUGAAAUCUGGUCGUUUUUCAAUUGGCAAGUACAAUAGUGUCUGACAACACUAGCCGUAUCCCGCGUCAGGUGAUACGCGGGACGUUGAUGCAAGGUGGGGGGUAGUCUGAUCGGAGUGUAGUUAUAUUGGGGUUGGGUAAGCUGUCUUAUUUUAUUUUUAGGACUUUAUUUCCUCUCAAUUUUGAGUAUUACAUGAUCACAUCAUGCAAGAAUCACUAUAAUUAUAAAAUGUAAAUUGGAUAUACCACUAAGUUUCAAUAAAAAUAGACAUUAUGAGUGUUCAUUAUAAGGUCGGCUGUUCAUAUUGUUAUCAACUGGAUCGGAUAUAGUUUUACAUUGUUGACUUGCCUGGACUUGACCUAUAAAAUUGAAAUUAGAUUUUCACACCCAAUGUACUGAAAAAAUACAUUUAUUGCCAUAUUUAAUUUUCCAAUACAGUAUUGAGUUAUUAUUUCAUAUUUAAUUUUAACAACAUUAUAAUAAAUAUCUAAAUAAGAUGAGAUGGCUUAUAUUCAGUCCGCUAACUUUAUAAAAUUGAACUAUCUAGUGUAACUGCUACUCCGAUAGACUUAUAAAUAUUUCUUAAAAAUUUAUUUGUUUCAUCUAAACCCUACCUUCGUAUGUAAAGCAAAUAGUGCAGCUUUUUAUUGUGAUAACGUGUAAAACAUGCAAAAACAAUGACGGUAGAAACGAGAAACCAACCUCUUUCGUCACCAUCGGCAGCUUUUAGCAGGAAUCAAAGGUUAUUGCUGUGGCAACACUUGAAUUGAACUGUCAAAGUGCUUAAAUGUUGCCAUGAAACGAGGAAUUAUUUUAUGGAGUUAAUUUUCGGUUGUUAUAGUUUUUUGUAAAAAUUGUUUUUCUUUUUUAAUUUAAAUAGUAGGGCUCUAUGAAAUAAUUGAACGUGUGCUAUAGGUUAGGAGGGAACUAAACAAUGUUAAAAGAAACGAAGCAACGUGAUCGAUAAUGUAUAUAUAAAACGGUAUAAAGUUGGAUAUCUGAAGAGAAAUAUGACGAUUUUUAAAUAACUGUUACUUAUGUAAUUUAUGAUACAUAAUCUGACGUGGAAAAUAGCCAUAGAAGUGUCACAAUAACUUCAUUGAACGUAGAUUAACGUCAAAGUGACGUCGAAGAAUUAUUUUUCAAAAUAAUUGAAAAUAAAAAAAAAAUGAUUUUAUUGCGACAGAGUUCUAUCCUAUUUUCAAACGCGUAAAGAUAUUUGAUACUUUUAUUUUUUAAACAUACUUAGGUAGUAAUAUUAAUAAGGUUUACUCUAUAUUUGUGGAAGUUUCCUACAUACGGACCAUUUGUCGUUGCAAUAGUCGCAUGAUUAGUCUUAAUUUUUCAAAUAGAUGUUAUGCUGUCAUUAAUCUAGCUGCAGUCGUGAGCGCAUGCGACUAGUCGCUGCGAUUUUUUUAUGCGCAGAAAAUGGCUUCGAGUGAUUUAAGCUAAAACAGCUACGAUUUUUAAAAAUUGCUCAAAAAUUUUUGACAAAUUCGACGUAUGUGUGAUUUUUUUCCGCAAAUAUAGUGUAGACAUAUUCUGUACAAUAUAUCGAUGAUAUAAUAAAUAUAGUAAAAAACGCUUUCAAAGUAUACAUUGUAUGCAGAUUAUACAUAACAUAAAUACAUUGUCUAAAACCACUGCUGUAUGUUUGUCCAACAAUUUUUUUUUUUUUUAAUAUUUUGUAUGCAUAAAAAAGUUCUUUUAGUAUCGAUAAGUGCCCUUCACUACUCUUAAAGUUGAAGCCAUUUUUUUAUAAUAUAACAUUUUGAUUGAUUUUAUUCUCUAAUUUCUAAUAUUAUUAAUUAAAGUCCAAUGUUUCAUAAUUUCUUGAUUUAGAGUGGAUAUUGCAAUCACCAGUUAACUUUUAUCUGAAGAAUAUGUUUGACGUUUGACAGCUUUUGUAUAGAGUAUUGAAAAUAUGUCAAACCGCCAUAUUUAUUCCUCAGAUAGAAGUGAACUGAUGAUUAUGAAAUUGUCCUUAUUUCUCCCUAAAUGUCAUUAUUUUAUUGAAAUUAAAUACAGCAGUGGUCUUGGCAAAAAAUAUUAUACAGAAUAUUAUAAAAUAAGACUAAUUUAGAUAGACCUAAAUGUAGAUAAAAAACUAUGCUCAGCCGAUUCUUAUUAGUUUACGAGAUACGUCCAUCUUUUUGUAUAACGCUCGGUUAACAUUGGUUUAACUUUAACGCAGCUAUAGUACGUAAUAAGAGCGGUUAGACUAGUCAUAAUUAACUGUAUUUUAUUUUUUGUUAAGUUAGAAAAUAAUCCCUAAAACUUUUUUGAAUCAUGAAAUUACAUUUACAUAUUUAUUUGGUAUUUUUUUCUUUAAUAACAUCGAAACAGAUUUUUUCUGUGAGAUUUUUUAACUAUUGCAAAAAAAAAAAAAAACAGAAUCAAAAAUAUAAAUUUUAUUUACAGUUUGACUUAAAUAAGUACAAUUUAUACUUAUGUUAUCACAAUUUAAAAUAAAAAUGUCUGAUUGUAAAAGUACAUAAAGUAUUAUUUAAAGCAGCUAAAAUAUAUUAAGUUAAAUUUACUUAAAAUGUCUGUGACUAGCUCUUAUUCCGUGCUUCUUUCUUGUAUUUAUAAUAUUUUUUUAUACUUUAAAAUGUUUUUAUUUGUAUUUUUUUAUAAUUAUUAACAAAAAAACAGUAUAGGGGCUCAUCACUAUUUUAUCGAUGAAAUUGUAAAAAAAAACAAAGUAUGUUUUACUACUAUUUCGACUAUAUUUUUUUUGAUGAUGAUCUAUGUGUAGCUUUGGCAAUAUUUUCAAAAUCAUGAAAUCAAUAAGGUUUACUUUGAAUAUUAACUUUUCGAAAUCAGUGCCAUUUAUUUUAUGCUGAGUGCCAUAAUGACACAAAAGAAAAUGGUGUAUUUACUCGAUUUCUUAAACAUGGCCCCUUUUAUAUUAUAUAAUUUUGUUUUUUGACUUCAUUUUGCUUUGAAUGCUAACAAUCAAUAAUGACCAAUGGUAGUUAUAUAAAUAUACAUUUGCUCAUACAUCAUAGUUGAUUUUUAUUUAGUAUGUGAUAAAAUUUAACUUAAGGAUUUGUAAACCUUGUGUACACGGACGACACUCGCGCAAAAAUCGCAAAAGAUGUAGUUGCACGACUUUUUGUCGCAAGUUCUGUCCGUGUGCAAAGGGCCUAAAUAAUGUAAAUAUUAUCAAGUUCCUGUAUGCUUUUAGUUGAACUCAAAUUUAUAAUUUGUGAUAAAUAUUCUGGUUCAGAAUAUCAAUGCUUGCCUAAACUUUGUUUUUAUAACGAAAUAUUAUGUAGCCCAAAAGACUAUUGUACAUACUGUAGCUGGAUAAUUUAUGUCUGCACGCUGGCGAUUUGGUCGCGCGAUUAUUUUGUCUUAAAUUCAUAAAAUGUCCAUAGAACCAGUAAAAUAUAUCUAUGAUAUUCUUAGAAUUAUCAGAACCAGUGUUUUUGUGAUAAGUAAAAAGUAACUAAAGUUACUGAAACAGAAUGCGAUUAAAAAUCGCUGUGCCCAGUCGCCAGUCUGCAAACGACCUAAUUAUAAACGCAUUUUGAAAAGUACAGGACGGAAGUAUUAUUUUAUAUAAAUAACCGAAGAUAAUAAAUAGUUAAUAACUAUAUUGAAAAAUUAUAAAAACGGAAAAAUUUCAUACGAUCAUUUUUAUUGAAAAGAAAAAAAGUUUUUUUGUAAGAAUAAUUUAAUUAAAAAAAACGUGUUUAAAUGCACUAAAAUGUUAAAAAAUUAAAAUUCACUUAGAUUCUAAGGGCUUUGUUUUAUUUUAUUUAUUGUAUUUAAAAUUAAGGCGAAAUUCUUCACGUUGUGAAUAUUGCACAUCGUUGUUUAUGUAAAAAAAAUGUAAUACUCUAUUGGAAUGUAAUUUUGCGUGUAAAUAAUUACUUUUUUGGCUGAUGGGUUUUUUGUGAUAUCAAAUUGGUUUCUUUUCGUGUAUAAAAUAAGCGUCUAUUGAAAUUUUGGUGGCAUGUCAUGUUCAUUUCGAUUUGGCCACAAGAUACGAUUUGUAACUAUUAACGUAUAAGCCUAUUAUUAUAUUUUGAUUACUGAAAUAUAUUUAAAAAAUAA